UCCUUCUGUCAAAAAUACUGUAAAAUGACUUUAAUUCAUCUUUCUUUUGAACGUUAUUUUAUCCAAAAUAUUGUUUCUAAAGAAGCACCUAUUCUGGUUCUUCAUGGGCUAUUUGGCUCAAAAAGACAAUGGAAUACUUUUUGCAAGUCUUUAAAUAUGCGAACUCAUCGCAAUCUUUUUGCUCUUGUAAGUUGAGUAUAUGAAAUAGGCUUUUAAAGAUAUUUUUUUAUUAUCUUUUAAAAAAUGCUAUAUAUUAAAGGGCUGAUUAAUGGUUCUAUGAAUAGGACCUUCGUAAUCAUGGAGAAAGUCCUCAUUGUUUACCUCAUAAUUAUGAAGCUAUGGCAAAUGAUGUUGUUGAAUUAAUUGGUCGUCAAUGUCUUGAUCCUGUAAUUCUUCUUGGUCACUCUAUGGGUGCUAAAACAUGUAUGGCAGUUGCGUUGAUGUAUCCAACACUUGUAGAAUCGAUGAUUCUUCUAGACAAUGCACCAGUUCAUACAUCAGUUGAUCCUGUACUUGUAAAAUAUAUAGAACAGAUGCAAGUGGUUCAAAGGGCAUGUGUUAAAAAGAAAAAAGAAGCAGACAGUUUAUUGCAAGCAUCAGUUGAAGAUAUUAAUGUUAGACAUUUUUUACUUUCAAAUCUUGUUAGAGAUGGAAAUCAAUUACGAUUUAGAAUUCCAUUAAAUAUACUUGGACAAUCGCUUCAUCAUGUUGCUGGAUUUCCAUUUGAAGGCACAUAUUCUGGUAGAACAUUAUUUAUACGUGGUAGUAGAAGUCGAUAUGUAUUGGAUUCAUAUUUACCAACUAUUCGUAAGUUUUUUCCCAAUUCUCAUGUUGUAACACUUGACGCUGGUCAUUGGGUACAUGUUGACCAACGAGAAGAAACAUUACGGACAAUUGAAGCAUUUCUCCAACACAUACCAUUAGAAAAUGAUAAAUUUGAUAAUAAAUAAAUAAUUUUUCAUAAAAUUUCAAUAAGUAC